AUGGGUGGUGGUCCGCGUAACCCAAAAGAUGCUCCUGCUGACUGCCUUGCGACCGAUUCCGUGAUUCACCACACUUCCGAGGUGUCGGUCGUGACAGAGGACGAUGCAGCCACUAUCACCGGCCGCGAACAAGAUUCCAGCAAUGCCGUCGCUGAGGAGGUCCAGACCGUCAAAGCCAACAAUCAGGACCCACCACUUGACUCGCAGGAGCAACGAAUAGCCAAACUAAAGGGCAUCUAUGCCAGCUUGGUGAUGGUCGAAAGCGAAUGCAUAGAAGUGGACGGAAAACACUUGCUCGCUACUGGAAUCGAGUUGGUUGAACAGAUCUCGCGAGACUUAAAGAGUGCCAAAGAGAAAGCAAAGAAAGAGGCUGCUGAAGCGAAAGCAGAGCAAAAGGCUGCUGAAGCGAAAGUAGAGCAAGAGACCGCCCAAGCGGAAGAAGACAAUAAGCACUCGAACCCCGACCCCGAGGCGAUGCCGACCAGUGUGGGUGAAAGGCUAGAUGAGACAGCUUCUAGGGAGGCGGAGGCUGAGGAGGCUUUCGAGGAGAUAACUCCUGAGGAGGCAGAGCUCGAGGAGGUGGAUCACGAGAAAACAUCUCCCAAGGUGGCGGAUGCGAAUGCAGAUGCCGCUCUCGAUGAAGUUACCGUUACUACGCAUCCUGUAGACCAGGACGCCAAUCUAUCCGCCCAAGAGCCGCAGGCCUCUCCUGAAGAGGCUGGUACUGCACCCCCAGAUUCGGGCAAGGAUACGGCAGACACUGGAGUCAACACUACUGCCCUCACCAAGGAGACGAAGUCUGAGUCCGAGAAGAAGCCCAAGACCGAACUGCCAUGCUAUGUCGAGUUCAGGCAGCUGGGUGACCAGAGUCUGUAUAAAAAGAUUGGCAGCGAAUACUGGGUGCUGAUCGAUUCCCAAUGGGUCCCCAGUCUCAAUGCGGAGCAGUUUGCGGCUCUCAUAGAGCUUCACCGCACAUUAUUACACAAACACUACGACUUUCUCUUGGAAUCGCAGCACCCUAGCGCGUCGGCAGCGCUCAAAAGGCUCGCUGCAAAGCAUGCCAUGCCGGGAAGAAUAUGGUGGCACGGGAUACAUUCCUUUCUCGAGGUCAUGCGUAAACGACUUGUCGAGUCCGGGGAACACAUGGCCUGUUUCAUCAUCCUGGCAUACAAAAUGAUGUCUUUGCUGGAAGAGACUGUCCCGCACUUCCGUCACACCUGGAUCGAAUGCAAAGCGGAUUUGGCCCGAUACGGAAUGGCCACCCAAAGCGGUGACAAGAAAGCUUUGCAGCGCUGGCAUGACAUUUCCAAAGAGAAGUACACUCGAGUAUCGGGCGAGAAUCCCACGACCGGCCUCAUCUAUCACCACCUCGCCAUCCUGGCGCGGCCCCAAACUCGGGUUUCGCCUGACGAAGAAUUCGAAGCCACUGUGUCCCAGUUUUUUUACUACACCAAGUCCCUCGUCGUCGAAGUCCCGUUUUUCGCCGCGCGGGAGGUCGUGUUGACCCUUAUCAAACCGAUUGUUGACCGGAAUGAGAAGGAAGCCGAGAAGCAGGCCAGCGUUCCCCAGACCGACAAAGAUCACUUCCUUACCGCUGUUUCCCAUCUGAUUCUCGCUUCCCUGGAGCCCGAGACUCUCAGGAAAAAUGGCUACAACGACAGUAGAAAGGAACAUGUUCAGGCUGUCUACGCGGCACUGGAGAAGAUAAGGAUUGAUGCAUCUUCCAACACAUCAAGAAUGUGUCCAAGCCCCCAACUCGGCCUCCUCCUCUGCCAGCUACUGCUGGGAAUUCCCCUUAUUGAUCAAAGAUGGAGCCCUAUGAUGGCGGCGUGGGCCGAAGACCGGGACAAUUCUGACGCCAUGGCCAACGCGAGGGACAUCCACGAUGUAACGAUCGAGCUGAUCCGCACCAUGGUCCCUUAUCUUUUGGAGGAGGCAGAUACGCGUGACCUCAGGCUGUGGGGAUUCAUAUACGUAAUGCUGGUCUUUAUGCGCUCCCUGAAAACGCGGCCCAGGCUCCUGAAACGGAUCGGUUCGGCGUUCCACGCGCAGCUUCUGGCGCGUUUCCUCAACAUGCUUCUACGCGAGGAUGAGGCCCGAGGCGCCCUUGCCUUGGAGAGCGCGUCCCAAUCGGAACUCGUUACAAUUUGCUCGUUGCUCAACGAGGACAAGAGGCUGGACAAGUACGGGCUCAGUACCGAAGACAGCCUCAGGAAGUACUUACGCGAGCAAGAGGAACAGCGAAAGGCAGAGCUUGUCAAGAGUGAGGCCGAAGCUAAAGAUGCCACGGCCACUCCGGAAGGGAGUCAGACGACAGCGGAAGAGGACAAGGUCCCCCGGGAAGAGUCCACGGCCGCGACAGAAGAGACUACGACCAGUGACGCCGCGCACGAGAAAGACCUGGACACCAAGACACCAGAUUGGGAGCUGGUGUACGCCAACACACUACCGGAACACAGUCUGCUUGCGGGGUUCUUCUUUGCCAGAGAGGCUGAGCCUGAACCCCGCAACAAAUCCCUGGGGAGACCUGCCGAGGACGCAGUAGUCGUUGCCUGCCCAGCCGCCCCUGAUGCCACCCCAGCGGCUGUGCAGACCGCCAAGGAACCCGCCGCGCAGACCGUCGAUGAAUCAGUCGAGGCAUCACUGGUAGAAGUGAGGAGGGAAGAGAACGAAAACGAGGAUGUUCAACAGCAAGACUCCCAGGCGAAGGAGGUAGAAGCCGAGAAGACGCAAGAGGAAGACGAGCAGAAGGACAGAGAAGCCGAAGAGGCAGAAGUGCGGAGGUGGGAAGGGCUGCAUCGUGUUCCCCCUCUCUUCCCCAACGGCUGGUUCAAGCGCUCGAAAUACGACUACGACGAGAUGCAGGUUCGCAACUAUGUCCAGGACGCCGCGACAUGUGACGCUCGGUCAAACCAGCUUUUGCGCCUGGCUGCUCAGCUGUCCGACUGCUUCUUUGUCUUCGAGACCGACGAGGAGAGACGCUAUUGGAUCAGCGUGCCUGGGGCCUCAUCCGUACCGAAGCCUGACCUCAACAAGAAGAUGCCGGAAAUCAUCGAGCGCGACGGCGGCGUCAGAGUUGUUUAUGUACAUCCUUUCUUCCACGCUGCCGAGAUCGAGAGGGAGAAGAGGAGAGCAGCAAGGGAAGAGAAGUGGCAGAAAGAGAAGAAACGGAAAGAGGAGGAGAGACAAAAAGAGAAGAAACGGAAAGAGGACGAAGCCAAGGCUACUACGGAUGUGGCUACUAUAGCUGUCAACGAGAAGGUCGAGGGCGACGCGGAAGAGGUCAGUGUAGCCAACAACACUCCCGAAGCGAGCCAACUCACUGACACGACUGAACAGCAACCUACGCAAUCCGAGAAGCCAGUCAGCCAGGUCGACGCCGAAAAGGCAACAGAAGCCGUGAACCUCCCGGCCGUGGCACCCAGCACGGUAUCAGAGGACGGUGAUCAUGAGCCGAGCUCGGCUUAUGAAAUGGAUCUGGACAAGGCCAUCGGUCUCGAAAAUGCCACCGCGGCGGCCCAGAAGCCGCCGGUUACCCACGAGGCGGAGCCCACCAAAGCCAAGGUGGAGAUGACGCUUCCAGUGCGAGGGGUGGACGACGCGCAUACGAAGGGCAGCGGCGCAGGUUCGGACGCGGCCGCAGCCACAACCACAGCCCCCGCCGCAGACGCAGCCACGGACCCGCAGGUCACGGUUCCGCUGAGCGAGGGCGUGCUCGACAGUAUCCCGAAGACGGAGGAUUCUACUAAGGCUAUCAAGCGCUGGAGAGCGGCAAGCAAGGGUCUCGGCGCGGACGAGGGCACGGACGAGGACGAGGACAAGGACGAGAAAGAAUGGGAGCGCCUCAGCAACGAAAGUCACGGAGACGCCAAGGUGGAAACGACGUCUAUGUUUUCGCGCUUUUUCUUCGGGUGA